AUGAACCUUUCCAAGGUCCAAAUCCUGCUGGCAUGGAUUUUGUGUGUCCUAGGUGUGGUAUUUGGUUCAGAAGAUGAAAGUCGUCUAGUGAAGAACCUGUUUACCGGCUAUAACAAGAUCGUCCGUCCUGUCAACCACUUUAAAGAGGCUGUUGUCGUCACCGUUGGACUGCAGCUAAUACAGCUCAUCAGUGUGGAUGAAGUGAACCAGAUUGUAACAAGCAAUGUACGACUCAAACAGCAAUGGUUAGAUGUCAACCUGAAGUGGGAUCCUGAUGAGUACGGUGGAAUCAAGAAGAUAAGAGUUCCUUCAACUGACAUAUGGAGACCUGAUCUAGUCCUAUAUAACAAUGCUGAUGGUGCUUUUGCCAUCAUCCAUGAGACCAAAGUCUUGUUGGAGCACACUGGAAUGAUCAUAUGGAACCCCCCCGCCAUCUUCAAGAGUUACUGUGAGAUUAUCGUCCUCCAUUUCCCCUUUGACCUACAGAACUGCAGCAUGAAAUUGGGAACAUGGACCUAUGAUGGAUUGCUGGUGGUCAUCAACCCUGACAGUGAUCGUCCAGACCUCAGUAACUUCAUGGAGUCAGGUGAAUGGGUGUUGAAGGACUACAGGAGUUGGAAGCACUGGGUGUACUACACGUGUUGUCCUGACACGCCCUAUCUGGACAUCACAUAUCACUUCCUGAUGCUGCGGCUGCCCCUCUACUUCAUUGUCAAUGUCAUCAUCCCCUGCAUGCUGUUCUCCUUUCUGACCGGGCUUGUCUUUUACCUGCCCACUGACUCUGGGGAAAAGAUGACCCUUUCCAUCUCAGUCCUGCUCUCUCUGACUGUCUUUCUGUUGGUCAUUGUGGAGCUCAUCCCCUCGACCUCCAGCGCUGUACCCCUGAUUGGGAAGUACAUGCUCUUCACCAUGGUGUUUGUGAUUGCCUCCAUCAUCAUCACUGUUAUCGUCAUCAAUACGCAUCAUCGCUCACCUAGCACGCACACCAUGCCUGCAUGGGUCCGCAGGGUUUUCAUCGAGACCAUUCCAAACCUGAUGUUCUUCUCAACAAUGAAGCGCCCUGGUCAGGAAAUCACACAGAAAAAGAUGUUCCCUGCUGACAUGGACAUAUCUGACAUCUCAGGCAAGCCUACCCAAGCCAGGGUCAUCUACCAAUCCUCCAUCACUAGAAACCCUGAUGUCCGCAGUGCCAUCGAGGGUGUGAAAUACAUUGCUGAGACCAUGAAGUCAGAUGAAGAGUCUAAUAAUGCAGCAGAGGAGUGGAAGUUUGUUGCAAUGGUUUUGGACCACAUCCUGCUGUGUGUGUUCAUGGCGGUGUGUAUCAUCGGAACACUUGGUGUGUUUGCUGGGAGGCUCAUUGAACUCAAUACGUUAUAG